CGAAUACGACGGACGGUUCUUAUUGGUAGGUGCGAUCCGUUACAUCACCAAGCUUAUGACGCGCCGUCUUCCUGUUUCCUUCAGCUGUGUCUUAAAGUGAAUCUUGUUGGUGGAGGAGAGCUCGAGCGUCGAAGCUCUGCCAUCGCGUGCGCCUCGGGCAAGCUGCUACGACAUCAACACCAGUCUUUCACCCCUCGAGAGAAGAUGACAGAGAGCGGAGCAAAAUAGCUCUUGUAUAUCUAUUUUUAUAUUCUACGGUCGCGCUCAUCACUCACUUUACUCCUACUCUUCCUUCCCUGAGAAAUUAUAAUAUUCAACGUUUCGCGGCGAAGCUUCCAUAGUCCGUAUUCUUUUUCAGCAGUAAAAAAGGCCUUUCCCUUCAUCUGCGGGUGUCAUUCAGCAGUGGUCCUAGAGGAGUGGCUUUGUGGGAUAUGGCCCAAUAGCAGCAGACCGUGAUGCCUGACCAUGACAGCGACUCCUUCCUGAGCAGACAGACCAAGAGAAGACGAGUGGACAUCGGGGUGAAGAGGACUGUGGGCAGCAACGCCGCCAACGCAGCAGCAGCAGCCACAACCAGCGCCGACAUCGCCCAUGCCAAAGCAGCAAUCUUCGGUGCUAUGAACUCUCUCAACUCCCACCACCAUGGCUCCGAUGCAGACUCCAUGGACUGCUCCAUGGUGCAGCCGCACGGCCACGCCGGCGUCGUCACAGCAACCAACAGCGAGUCCAAGUCCAACGUGCUCCGGAAGCUCCUGAAGAGAGCCAACUCGUAUGAAGACGCCAUGAUUCCCUUCCCCGGCGCCACUAUCAUCUCCCAGCUCCUCAAGAGCAACAUGGCCAAGAACGGAAGAGGAGAGAGAGGGGAGAGGGGGGAGAGAGGAGAUAGGGAGGAUGGGGGGUUCCCCAGGUCGGGCCUCUCCAGUGGGGGUUCCGAAGCCCCCCAGGAGGACGCCUGCAGUAAUUCGUCCCAGGACAGCCCCCAGGAGUGCCUGUCCCCCUUUGGCCAUCCCCCGGCUCUGGGCGCCUUCGACCUAGAGCGCCUUAACGACGAGCACCUCCGGGCCAAGCGUGCCCGCGUGGAGAACAUCAUCCGGGGCAUGAGCCACUCACCCGGCGUGGUGGUGCCCACACGCCACCUCGGAGAGCGGGACCACGAACUGGAACAAUGUGGACGGGAGAGAGAGCGAGAGAUGGACGGUGACAGGGACAGAGAAAUGGAGAUGGACUGCCCCCCACAGCCGCCCAGCCCCAGGGGAGAGGUGUGCAGCCGGGAGAACAAAAGGAAGCAGCGCCUGCCCCAGCAGCAGCAGCAGAGCUUCACCCAGCUGGUGUGCCAGCGUAAAGAGCAGAAGCAUGAGGAGCGCAGGCAACUGAAGCUGCAGCUGGAGGACAUGCAGAAGCAGCUGCGCCAGCUGCAGGAGAAGUUCUUCCAGAUCUACGACUCCACCGACGACUCAGAGCAUGACCUGGCCCAUGACCUAGGCGACAUGUCUGAGGACAGUGCUGGGAGGUCUGAUGCUGGGCGAGAUGACCGGACAGACCGUUCCGACAAUGAGAUGUCAGACCUGGAUCCGGGACACUUCCUGGACCGAGCAAGGGUGUUGCUCCAGGAGCAGGCCCUGCUGGCUGAGGGGGACAAGCUCAGGAGAGAGGGGCUGGUCUGGGGGAAAGGUCCUGGUCAGGGCCCCUCCUCCAUGCACCAUGCAGAGGGCAAGCUGCUGGCUGAGACGUUGAAACAGGAGCUUAACUCGGCAAUGAACCAGGUGGUGGACACAGUGGUCAAGGUGUUUGCCAAGCCCCCUCGCCCCACACCACCCCAAGUCUUCCCUCCCCUCCCCAUGCCCCCAGAGAGGUUUGGUGUUAACGUCAAGGGCCCCAACUUCCACACAGCCAACCAGCGCCUGCAGUGCUUUGGCGACGUCAUCAUUCCCAAUCCCCUGGACUCGUUCGGCAGCAUACCUGUGCCCGGCGCCAACGACCAGACGGAGGCACUGCCCCUGGUGGUGAGGAAGACGCAGACGGAGAACCAUCACCAAUCCUCAGCCAUGGGCGCCCACGGGGGCCAUCACCACCCCUCCAUGCACCCCUCCUCCCUCUCUACCUCCAUGGGCUUCAGCCCCCCUUCUUUCCGCCACCCCUUUCCCCUUCCUCUCAUGGGUUACCCCUUCCAGAGCCCUCUGGGCCCACCCUCCGGGGGUUACCCAGGGAAGGACCGUUCCUCCCCAGACUCCAUGGACCUGUCCAGGGAGACCACCAGCCUGCGGACCAAAAUGUCAUCAGGGCAUCACGUGGGGCACCACCACCGGUCUUUCUCUCCGACCAACCCUGGGAGCACUGCAGAGGGGCUCUCCCUGUCCCUCAUCAAGUCAGAGUGUGGAGACAUGAGCGACAUGAACGACAUCUCACCAUACUCAGGCAGCACCAUUCAGGAGGGUCUUUCCCCCAACCACCUGAAGAAGGCCAAGCUCAUGUUCUUCUACGCCCGUUACCCCAGUUCCAACAUGCUCAAGAUUUUCUUCUCCGACGUCAAGUUUAACCGCUGCAUCACGUCCCAGCUCAUUAAGUGGUUCAGUAACUUCCGGGAGUUCUACUACAUCCAGAUGGAGAAGUUUGCCCGGCAGGCUAUCAACGACGGUGUCACCGGAGUGGAGGAGAUGAGCGUCAGCCGCGACUGUGAGCUCUACCGAGCCCUCAACAUGCACUACAACAAGGCCAAUGACUUUGAGGUUCCAGAGCUGUUCCUGGAGGUGGCUACGAUCACGCUGCGUGAGUUCUUCAACGCCAUUGUGGCGGGCAAAGACGCGGACCCAUCCUGGAAGAAGGCCAUCUACAAGGUGAUCUGCAAGCUGGACAACGAGGUGCCCGAGGUCUUUAAGUCGCCCAACUGUCUCCAGGAGCUCUUACACGAGUAACCCAUCAUGACCUACCUUCACCCCCCCCCCCCCCCCCCCCCCCCCUCCACCGCCCUGACGUUUCUUUUGCUUUUUUUGCUUUUCAUGUUUUUAUUUAUUUAUUUAUUUUUAUCUGAUUUUCCUGCUUUUUUGAAUGUAUGAAGUAUGAAGUUGCAUUCCUCCCAAUCGGAAGCAUACUGGGCUGUCCAAGUUAUCUAGCUAUUGUGUUAUUAUUAUUAUUAUUAAUAUUAUUAAUUUCAUCAUGACUAUGAUUAUUAUUCGUUUUUUUUUUUUAAAUGAUUCUGCUGAUCUGAAGAUACUUUGAUUCUAUUGAGCAGGGGUGUCAAACUCAUUUGAUGGAAGGCCUAGUGUCUGCGGGUUUUUCUUUUUUUCUUUCAUUUAAGCCCCAGACCACCAGUUGUGGGGAGUUCCUUACUAAUUGGCGACCUUAAUUCAUCAAUCAAGUACAAGGGAGGAGCGAAGACCCGCAGAUACUCGGCCCCCCGUGGAUUGACUUUGACACGUGCUUUUUGGUGGUUGGACUGUGUGAAACCUGAUCUAUCUGCCCUGAUGUACUAGAAACACUAAAUAGGGGUCCUCACUAUGCCCAGGCAAGGGCUUCCCACUACCCUGUACCCUACCUACUCUAAGAAUGACCCUACAAUGCAAGUGCGGUCACCAAUUGAUUUUGGCCACUACACUACGAAAGGGGAGAGGGUCCUCAAUAGGCUCUCCCCAUUAUGAGACGUGACUCCCCAAUAGGUGCCCAAUACAAUGGAUGUCCCACGGAGGACAACACUACACUACGCUUUAUUAACUACUGAACUAUACUGGAAUACUAGUACUGGUCUGUAUUGGUAUACUUGAACUGGACUGGCAUCAGUCAUCUACUGAGCUCGAUCAUGAUACUUUAAAGUGUGCUUUCUGUGAUUAGGACAUUGUGUUUAUUGGGUGUAUAUUAUUAAUAUUAUUAUUCCUGUUGUUAUUGUUGUUUUUAUUAUUAUUUGUCAGCAUUGCUUGAUACACAUUGGCACUUCCAGAUUUGUCCCUUGACAACGUUACAGAAAAUAAAUUAUUAUUAUUA